GAGGCCGCGCCGCCAUCUUGAAAUUUCUUUAAGUUUGCUUGCAUCUAAUGGUGGAAGUUGUGUAAUUUUUGCGGAGAUGUCUUUACUGAAUAAGAAAAAGAAGUCUUUUAUUGGAGUACCUGCUCCUCUUGGCUACGUACCCGGUCUUGGAAGAGGGGCUACUGGCUUUACAACUCGAUCAGAUAUCGGUCCUGCCAGGGAUGCGACGGAUAUAAGUGAUGAGAGGCAUGGAAAACCAGGUUUUGCAAAUGAAAAGAAACCACAGGAGGAAGAUGAAGAAGAAGAUUUAAAUGACACAAAUUAUGAUGAGUUUGCAGGAUAUGGUGGAAGCUUGUUCUCCAGCUGUCCUUAUGAGAAAGAUGAUGAGGAAGCAGAUGCCGUUUAUGAUUCCAUUGAUAAGAGAAUGGACGAUAGAAGAAAAGAGAGAAGAGAGAAACGUUUUAAAGAAGAGAUUGAGCAGUAUCGUCAGGAAAGACCCAAGAUUCAGCAGCAGUUUUCUGAUCUCAAGCGGAAGCUGGGUGAAGUGUCUGAAGACGACUGGUUGAGUAUUCCAGAAGUUGGUGACUACAGAAACAAGAAACAGAGAAAUCCUAGGACAGAAAAGUUCACUCCAGUUCCUGACAGUGUUCUGCACGGUGCACUGAUGAGUGGUGAAAAAAUUACAACUCUUGACUCACGGCAACAGAAAUAUGGUGGAUUCCAGACUCCCUUCCCUGGAGGGAUCACACCUGGUGGAAUGACAACAGGUUUUUCAACACCAUCAGCGGAUCUUGACUUGAUCAAAAUUGGAGAGGCCAGAAAAUCGCUUGUUGGUGUUAAGCUGGAUCAGGCAUCUGAUUCAGUGAGUGGGCAAACAGUUGUGGAUCCUAAAGGUUAUUUAACUGAUCUUCAGAGUUUAACUCCUUCCUCUGGUGGAGAUAUUGGCGACAUCAAGAAAGCAAGACUUCUGCUUAAGUCAGUAAUCACCACAAACCCUCAACAUGGCCCUGGUUGGAUAGCUGCUGCUCGUUUGGAAGAGGUGACCGGCCGCAUGCAGGCUGCGCGAAACACAAUCAUGAAAGGGACAGAAGUUUGCUCAAAGAACGAAGAUGUGUGGCUUGAGGCCAUCCGUUUGCAGCCCCCCGAGACAGCCAGAUCCGUCUGUGCUCAAUCUGUUGGACAGCUUCCUCAAUCUGUCCGAUUGUGGAUCAAGGCUGCAGCUCUUGAAGAAGAGACUAAAGCGAUGAAGAGAGUUUACAGAAAAGCUUUGGAGCAGAUUCCAAACUCAGUCAGGAUUUGGAAAGCAGCUGUUGAGUUAGAAGGACCCGAGGAUGCGCAGAUUAUGUUAAGCAGAGCAGUAGAAUGCUGUCCCACAAGUGUGGAGCUUUGGCUCGCUCUUGCUCGAUUGGAGACGUACGAAAAUGCAAGGAAGGUCUUGAAUAAAGCUCGUGAGAAUAUCCCAACUGACAGACAGAUUUGGAUAACGGCAGCCAAACUAGAAGAAGCCAACAGCAAUUUACCCAUGGUUGAGAAAAUCAUUGACAGAGCCGUAACGUCAUUGAAAGCCAACGGCGUGGAAAUUAACAGAGAUCUGUGGAUAAAGGACGCGGAGGAAAGUGAGAAAGCAGGCAGCGUGGUCACGUGUCGAGCCAUUAUAGAUACUGUUAUAGGGAUUGGUGUCGAAGAGGAAGACAGAAAGCACACUUGGAUGGAAGACGCAAACAGUUGUAUCGCCAAUAAUGCGUUUGAAUGUGCAAGAGCCAUCUAUGCACAUGCUCUGUCCGUGUUUCCCAGUAAAAAGAGCGUUUGGCUGAGAGCCGCACACUUCGAAAAGAAUCAUGGGACUAGAGAAUCUUUAGAGGCUUUGUUACAGAAUGCUGUCAAGCAUUGCCCCAAAGCAGAGAUACUGUGGCUCAUGGGCGCUAAAUCCAAGUGGAUGGCCGGUGAGAUAAAUCAAGCUCGUUCAAUCUUGGCGUUGGCUUUUCAAGCCAAUCCGAACAGCGAAGAGAUUUGGCUGGCGGCUGUCAAACUGGAGAGUGAAAAUAAUGAAGAUCAGAGAGCCAGAAAACUUCUCCAGCGAGCAAGACUUAACGCUUGUACACCAAGGGUCAUGAUGAAAUCCAUCAAGCUAGAAUGGGUGCUAAGGAAUCUUUCUGAGGCGGAAAACCUCUUAGCCGAAGCUGUUCAACAGUAUCCAGAUUUUGCAAAAUUAUGGAUGAUGAAAGGACAAAUACAUGAAGAGUUGAAACAGUUGGAUAAUGCGAGAGAGGCAUACAAACUGGGGACGAAGAAGUGUCCUCACUCCAUCCCCAUCUGGCUGUUAUUGGCCAGGCUUGAAGAAAAUGCAGGACACGCCACGAAAGCUAGAUCAGUGUUGGAACAGGCGCGACAGAAGAAUCCCAAGUCUGCAGAAUUAUGGCUUGAAGCAGUUCGAAUCGAAACGAGAGGAGAAAGAAAAGAAUUUGCAAAAACCUUAAUGGCCAAAGCCAUGCAAGAAUGUCCCGCCUCAGGCAUUCUCUGGGCGGAAGCCAUUUUCAUGGAGAGCAGGCCACAAAGGAAAACAAAAAGUGUUGAUGCACUUAAGAGAUGUGAACAUGACCCUCAUGUGCUUCUUGCUGUGGCUAGAUUGUUUUGGAGUGAGAGAAAAAUCAACAAAGCACGAGAGUGGUUCAACAGAGCAGUCAAACUCGACCCAGAUCAUGGGGACUCGUGGGCUUGUUUCUACAGAUUUGAACUGCAACAUGGAACAGAGACCCAGCAAGAGAGUGUAAUGCAACGGUGCGUGCUGGCCGAGCCUCAUCAUGGGGAGAACUGGUGCGCAGUAUCCAAAGCUAUUCCAAACUGGAGACUCCGAACCAAAGAUAUUCUGCCCAUUGUGGCCAAGUCUUUGAAAUCCGUCGAGAAGGAAUAACAGUAAUCAAGUGUGGAUAGGUAACACAAUGUGGCGCGAAGUCCUGGAUGUUUUUUUUUUUUUUUUUUUUUCUCAUGUACAGUUUAUCACUUCUGUAGACUGUUGUGAGUUUGUAAACACGCGCGUGUAACUCGAGGAAAGACUGGUCUUACAACAGACUGUUGUAUAUUAGUAACUCUCGUUGAAGAAAGAAAAGCAAAUUUUCUCUCACUAUACGGUUUCAACGACAUUCUUGUUCUUGCAUCAAGAUAACGACAAUUGAUGUUCAUGUCAGCUUCGUUUUGUUUGAUCCAUCAUGUAACACUCAGAAUUAAGAAUGGUCGUAGUCUUUAGUCUUCUUUGCAAGUAGCUGCUAGAUACACUUUUUUCUGUCAAAGCUAGGAAUGUCAUAUUGAGAAUAAACCAAAGUGAAACGCCAGAUA